CAGCGUAGAAGAAGAAAUAGAAAUGAUGCCGCUUCUAGGCACAGCCUCUCGAUAACACUCAGGUAAACUAACAUUUAAACACUGUCAUGUUUAGCGUUGGAUGAAUAGUUUAAUAGGCAGAACUGCAAUACACCAGCUAAGCAGCACUCGGUUCCCCCAGAAAGUGCAGGGGACAUCAGAGCCAUGGCAAGUGCACAGUCUGCUGUAACGUUUGCAGUGUGCGUCCUCAUGAUAACAGAGCUGAUACUUGCCAAGAAGGACUACUAUGAUAUACUGGGAGUGCCUAAAGAUGCUACAGAGCGACAGAUAAAAAAAGCUUUCCACAGACUUGCAAUGAAAUAUCACCCGGAUAAGAACAAGAGCCCGGACGCUGAAGUGAGAUUCAGAGAGAUUGCUGAAGCUUAUGAAACUUUAUCAGAUGAAACCAGAAGAAGAGAAUACGACCAUUUUGGUGACACCUCUGCAUACUUCAAUGGGGAGACGCAAGGCAGGCACAGACAGGGCGCUUUCAGCUUCAACUUUGAUGACAUUUUCAAGGACUUUGACAUCUACAGCCAGAACAGGCAUGCCCGUCACCGAAGACACUUUGAUGAACACUCCAGGUCCCACAAGGAGUCCCACAGCAGACAUAAGAGACACUUUCAAGGAAGUUUCGGAGCAGGUAUCUUUGAUGACAUGUAUGACGACAUAGAGAGAAUGUUUACCUUUGACAGACACGCCAAACAGACUGACAACCGGUUUCAUGGUGCAUCGAAACAACACUGUAGAACAGUGACACAGCGCAGAGGAAACAUGGUAACCACGUACACAGACUGUACUGCAUCUUAAGAUGAAACGUAAAAUGACGUAUGACUCAAAAUUGCCUUAACAGGAUACAAUACUGUUGUAUUGAUUUUGGUAAUGGGAAGCCAUUUGGUUCAAAUGCUGUGAAACUUGAGCAGUGACAUUAAGAUCUGACAUUCAGGCAACAGUGAAAACUCAGUUUACUUAGCUUAGAUCAUAUAUAAAAUAAGCUAUGUUUUGUUCAAGCUUUUCCCUGUGUGUGCUCAUGGACUUGAUUGUAGUAGGUUUUCAUUUAUUGUUGAAAUAAGCUGACUGAGUAUUUUGUCAGUAUUUUAAAGCACCUUUUUUGAUAGGGGAUUUGUUAGGUUGACUGUUGGGCAAAAAUAAAGCAAUCACACAAAGUUAGGCACAGAAAUACUCACCUAUCAGUUCAUCACUAGCUUCCACUCUGUUACUAUGUGUAGUUUGUAGUUUCUUUUGCGAGGUUUUCCCAUUGUGGGUCUGAAAACACAACUAAAGGUGGAACAAUAGCAGCCAGCUGAGUUUAGCUUAUGUCAACAAAAAAGGAAAAUGUGACUCUCCACGUGUUGGCUUGUUUAACUGGUGUUUGUACUACGUCUUGUUGAAAUAUUUACAUACUUUACACUGCCAGUCACAUUUUUUAAUAUUAUAUAUUUUAGCAUUUGUGGUUAAAAUCUGCAUCAGAUGCAAUUGUAAAGCAAUUUUAACGAUCUGUAAAGUAAAAAAUAUAAGUAGAAGAUAGUUAGAAGUAAAUGGAGUAAUGUUUGAACUCUGUAGCCUUUCAAUUAAUACAAUUAAGUGUGAUGCCAGUAAUGUAUUGGCAGAGGACAUCAAGAUUGAGGCCUUAAAACUCACCGUUUCUGAAUUCUGAAUCACACCUAUACUAAUAUUCUUUAUUAUGUAGCGUAUUAGAUUUAAAUUUCCAAUUACAGUCCUUAACAUUUAACUAAAAAUCCUAAAAUAUAGGUAUUUAAAAAUGUGACUGGCAUGGCAGACAAACUACAAAGACUGUUGUAUGUGUGAACUAAUUUGCAGAGGACCAAUUGAACAAUAAGCUGACUACAAUAUGUGCUAUAGGUUUCAUAAGUUGUAAUAGUCACAAUGUUUGUUUUAUUUUUUUAAUGGAGGGUGUAAAAUAUUUUAUUUUAAAAAUGAACACCAAGUGUAACAAUACUGCAGUACUGCAAGGUUAAAGAAAUACUGUAUGUAUAAGUACAUACAAGUAUCAAUGUUCAUCCGAUGAUGAAACUCCCAGGUCAUACUGUUUUCCUAACAUAUCAUCCGUUACCUCGUACCUUUGAACUAGUUAUAGUGACGUGCUCCUUUUGCAUUGUAGUGUGCAAUAUUUAUUUCCUAUGUUGAUGGUGUUGUAAAUAUUCAAUGGCACUUUCAAUUUUGUAUGAAAUGUGUUUGAGGAAUAAAAGGUAGAG